CUCCCCCUCUCCCUCCCCCUGACGUCAGCCCGAGCAGUCGCGAGCUCUCUCACUAAACGCUGGCCCUCCGAGGGGAAGUAUGGGGCUGUCCAGGCUCCUCUGCGCUUUCCUGAUGGCCGCUUGCUGCUGCUGUGGCCGCGCCGCGGGUGUGCCUGGAGUGGCAGAGCAACCAGAGCCUGAGCUGUUGGAAGUGGAAGUGGGCAGCACAGCCCUACUCAAGUGUGGUCCCUCCCAUUCCCAGGGCAACUUCAGCCAUGUCGUCGACUGGUUUUCUGUCCACAAGGAGAAGCCAAUACUCAUCUUCCGUGUGUACCAGGGCCAUGGUCAGAGUGAACCUGGGGCGUACCAGCACCGGCUCAGCCUCCAGGACAAAGGGAUCACUCUGGCCUCUGACACAUGUCACCCCCAUGACGAGCGCAUCUUUCUGUGUCAGGGCAGCGCCCUCGGUCCCCAGGAGCACCGCUUCCAGCUCCGUGUAUACAAAGCUCCAGAGGAGCCAAGCAUCCAGGCCAAUGCCUUGGGCAUUUCUGUGAGCAGUAGGGUGCCAGAGGAGGUUGCUACCUGUGGCAAGAAUGGCAUACCCAUUCCUAAAGUCAUCUGGUACAAGAAUGGCAGGCCUCUGAAGGAAGAGAAGAACCGGGUCCACAUUCAGUCAUCGCAGAUUGUGGAGUCAAGUGGUCUGUAUACUGUGCAGAGUAUUCUGAAGGCACAGCUGCUUAAGGAGGACAAAGAUGCCCAGUUUUACUGUGAGCUUAACUACCGGCUGCCCAGUGGGAAUCACAUGAAGGAAUCUGGGGAAGUCUCUGUCCCUGUUUUCUACCCAGCAGAGAAAGUGUGGUUGGAAGUGGAGCCUAUGGGAAUGCUGAAGGAAGGGGACCAUGUGGAAAUCAGGUGUUUGGCUGAUGGCAAUCCCCCACCCCACUUCAGCAUCAGCAAGCAGAACCUCAGCACCAGGGAGGUGGUGGAGGAGGCAGUCGAUGAUAAUGGAGUCCUGGUCUUGAAGUCUGCCCACAAGGAGCACAGCGGGCUCUACGAAUGUCAGGGCCUGGAUUUGGAAACCAUGGCAUUACUGUCAAGUGACCAACAGGAGCUCCUGGUGAACUAUGUGUCUGAUGUCUGGGUGAGUCCUGCAGCCCCUGAAAGCCAAGAGGGCGGCAACCUCACCCUGACUUGUGGGGCAGAGAGUAACCAGGCCCUUGAAUUCCAGUGGCUGAGAGAAAAGACAGGCAAGGUGCUGGUAAAGGGGCCUGUGCUUCAAUUACAACAACUGAACCGGAAGGCAGGGGGAGGCUACCGCUGCAUGGCGUCUGUGCCCAGCGUGCCCGGCCUGAACUCUACACAGCUGGUGAAUGUGGCUAUCUUGGGGCCCCCAUGGGUGGCAUUAAGGAGAGGAAGAUGCAGGUGCAGGAGAAACACAAUGUUGAAUCUGUCUUGUGAAGCCUCAGGACAUCCUCGGCCUAGCAUCUCCUGGAAUGUUGGCGGCAUGGCAAAUGAACAAGACCAAGAUUCACAGAGUGUCCUGAGCAUCUUGAGUGUCCUUGUGACUCCAGAGCUGUUGGAGACGGGUGUUGAAUGCGUGGCUUCCAACUCCCUGGGCAAAAACAGCACCAUCAUUUUCCUGGAGCUGGAUUCCAACAGAACCACUGAUCUCAUCACCUCUACUGUCAGUCCUUAUGCCAAAGCCAACAGCACCUCCACAGAGAAAAAGCUGCCAGAGCCCAAAAGCAAGGGUGUGGUCAUCGUGGCUGUGACCGUGUGCCUCCUGGUCCUGGCCGUGCUGGGUGCUGUCCUCUAUUUCUUCUACAAGAAGGGCAAGCUGCCUUGUGGGAGGUCAGGCAAACAAGAGAUAACGCUGCCCCCAUCUCGUAAGAGCGAAUUUGUAGUUGAAGUUAAGUCAGAUAAGCGCCCAGAAGACAUGGGCCUCCUUCAGGGCAGCAACGGUGACAAGAGAGCUCCAGGAGACCAGGGAGAGAAAUACAUCGAUCUGAGGCACUAGUCACUGAAUCAUACUGAACUCUUCCUCUUUUUGCCUGGACAUGUCCUGUUCCCUGCUCACUCUCAUCCCCAGCACUCAGGAUGGUCACCAAUGCCUCUAAAGUGGACGACAGAGAAGACUCCUACUCCAGCUUACCCACAGACCACAUUUCAGAAGGCCAAAGGGCUAGGACCAGAGCCAUACUGAGAAGGACCUCAGAUGGCCUCAGGGGCCACACUCUGCCACAGUCUCAAUUUGUUGAGUGAUGCUUAUCGCAAGGAGGGGCCUCAAUAUUCUAGGAGUGGGUAGGAGAGUUUCUUGCAGAACAUGUUUUCUCUUUACACAUACUAUGGAAGUAAACACCCUUCUUCUAUCAACAGCUAUCGAAGUAGGUAGCCUAUUUAUCUUGAGGUGAUUUACUGCCCCAAUGUUGGCUUCAUAAUGCAGUUGUAUCAAUGAUAUGAGGAUGCACUGAGAGCCCAAGCCACCUCACCACUGGUGAAGUGUGUUGUGCACACCAGUUCUAGACAGUACCCCAGCAGGAUCUAGAAGUAGUUGCCUGCCUGCCUGUGUCUGGAGUCCCUUUUAUGACAUUCCUUUCUUUGGGCAGAAGCCAGGAACUAGUAUCAUUCCUUGAAAGACUUGCUGGUUAUAUCUCAUUGUCCCUGCAGUAAGGAAACUGUGCACUGUUUUCCAGAGUUAAGCCCAUUUAGUGCAAACCUCUAUGUUUACAGUUAUUUUUGGCUCUCAUAAUCAUGAUUGAAAAUGAGAGUAAGGCACAGAGAUAAGGAGAUAAGGUCCAUGCGGUUCUUUAAGGGGAUUAAUAAGGUUAUAGUUAUACUAGCAUCAAACUUCUACAAAUUGAGCUAAUGGGCAUAGACCACAAAAGAAGGGGCUUAAUGGGAAGAUGAUACUUUAAGGAUAAGAAACGAGCUUGGCCAGAGCUUGGGGUAUGUAUGUGUAUCUGUGUGUGUUUGUGUGGCUUUGUUGUGUGUAAAUUUGCAAAUGGUUUCCUUUACACACACACACACACACACACACACACAAUAAAGCCUAAUUGUCCCAGAAAUCUUAUGCUGUUUUUUAUUCAUUAUGGGGACCACAGCAGACUGGGGCCUCUGGAACUGGAAUGGUACUAAAAGGAACACACACUUUUUGCAGCUGGCAGCAGAGCAAAUGGCUUAUGCCCUUAGCAUAGAGGACAAUCUCGCCACUCAGCAACAGAGCUGCCCUGGUCCAGGCAGCCCACAGGACCUGGCAGGCUGUUGACAAGGAGCUGUUGCCCUUUUUCUACACGUUGCUGUCACUGAGCCUUGUCCUUGAGGUAAUAGUACAGACUUGCUAAGUAGAUCCAUAGCUGCCUGAUGUAUCACUCCUCCACCCCAACAAAAGAGCAAGAACUCAAGUCAUCUACAGCAAAAGAAAUUUUAUUUAAAAAUACUUUUACAGACAUGGGUGCUUGAAAAAGCUCUUUAGUUAACUGUAUAUAAGUGAAUUAAUAAAUAACAUUAGUAUAACAAACCUCUAAACAAUACAUUGGCAAAACAAAGACUUAAAAUGAAAAUUAAUCUUAAAGCUCUGCUAUUCUCUGUAAGAAUAUUUACCUUGUUUUUCUUAUUCUUUACAUGUGAGAAUGAUUAAAUACUACUAACAUUAAGAAUUUUAUAUUAAUGACACAUUUUUAAAAUAGCCAACAAAAAUCUCAUCUAAGUUUUCAUGUUGUUUAACAUUGAUAUACAAAUUGAGACUCUUUUAUUCUGGAGACAGCAUCAAGCUCCCUCCAGCCCCAGUAUGUUAAAUCCCCCAAAAAGGACUUUAAAAAGAAUUGUUUCUGUCCCCAAAUUUUUUAUUUUUAUAAAUAAUUAUAGGCAGGGAAGAACUGAGAAAAGGGAAAGAAUUAAGUAAAAUGCUAUUAUACAGAAAACAUUUUUCCUCCUCCCCCAUCUCCUGAGACCUAGUGGCCACAAUAAUGGUGACGGGCUUCUGGUAUUUGGUUCUCUCUGCCUUUCCCAGGGGAAACUAGACCCCACAGAGGGCACUAGCUGCUUAAUGCUUUCAGUUUGAAAGUCUUCAAACAAAAGGGAGAGGCAGGAGGUCUAGGCCAGUUCAGGAUCCACCA